UAGAGGAACGUGGUUUAUCCAUUUAUUUAUAUUCGGAGUCCUACCAGGACUCGGAAACAACCCCUAUAAGGCUGUAAAAGAGUACCCCUACACUCAUCAUCAUGGAGAUCACCAAUGAAACAGGCGUUGUUGCUGAAAAGAAUGAUUAUUCAGUGUGGGCAAUUCCACCUGAAGUUGUGGGAGAAAAGCUGAAAAAGUUGAUGGGGGUUCUUAGAUCAGAGUUUGGUGGGCCAGAGAUCCCACCACAUAUAACUGUUGUGGGUGCUACGAGCUUAACAGAGGAGGAUGCUUUGAAGAAGUUUAGGUCAGCCUGUGAAGGGCUCAAGGCUUAUCAUGCUAAGGCUGAUCUUGUAGUUUCUGGGGCUUUUCCCUCCCAAUGCCUUUAUUUGCUCUUCCAUUCAACGCCUGAGGUAAUGGAUGCAAGUGAACACUGCUGUAGGUAUUUUGGGUACAAGAGGUCUAAUCGGUAUAUGCCCCAUCUUAGCCUCCUUUACGGGACUCUUACAGAAGAUGAGAAGAAUAAAGCUCGAGAAAAAGCUUAUGUUCUUGAUGAGAGCAUCGAUGGCCUGAACUUCCAGAUAAGUCGCCUGGCACUGUGGAAAACAGACCGUAAAGACAAAGGAACUUUGGAAUCAUGGAGGCAGAUUGCUGAAUGCAGCCUUAGCCCCAACUAGGUAUUCAAUUCUUCUUUCUUGAUGCAUGAAUUUAGAAUAAGAUAUACCAAAUUACCAAGUGCUCUUCAGCUGCAUGAGUACUUGGUUGGGUAUGCAAUUUUAUUUCCGGUGGACUUGGUUGUGUGGGAAAUGUUAUGUACUAGCUUGAAUGUUUAUUGAGAAUAACAUUAAUUUGAUUCA